AUGUUAGUUAUGAGGCGAAAUUGUUUAAGGCUCUUGAGGUUGCGGAACCUUUUAGCUGUAACUGUAUUAAUAAUAUUACUAUACUUAGUCAAGACUGUAUCAGAAGUAAAGACAUUAGAAGAUGUCGCUAAGCCUGUGAGAGAUUCAUUGCAAAGGAUUUUAAAGAGUGAAGAAUAUUUUGUUCCUUCAAGCUUAAAAAAAAUAGAUUGGCACAAUUAUCAACAAAUUGACUAUGAAAGACAAAGAGUAGGUAUUGGAGAACAUGGUAAACCAGCUCAUUUACCAGAGAAAGAUUCCGCCCUAGAAAAAGACUUAUACGCCGUUAACGGAUUCAAUGGAGCCCUAAGUGACUUAAUUCCUCUUAAUAGAUCUCUCCCCGACAUUCGUCAUAUUGGAUGCCAAAAAAGACUGUACAUUGAGUCAUUACCAACAGUCAGUGUUGUUGUGCCGUUUCAUAAUGAGCAUUGGAGCACUUUGUUGAGAACAGCCUACAGUGUACUUAAUAGGUCACCUACGUUUUUAAUAAAGGAAGUUUUUUUAGUAGAUGAUGCCAGUACUAAAAGUUUCCUCAAACAAAAAUUAGACGACUAUGUAGCAAAGCACCUUCCCAAAGUUAAGGUGUUAAGAUUGAAGAGUCGCAGUGGGCUCAUAGCAGCUCGUCUCGCGGGGGCCAAGCUGGCUACAGCAGAUGUGCUGGUCUUCCUCGACUCACAUACUGAGGCCAGUGUUAAUUGGCUUCCACCGUUGUUGGAGCCAAUAGCACUGAACUACAAGACGGUAGUGUGUCCCUUCAUAGAUGUGAUAGCUUACGACACUUUCGAAUACAGAGCGCAGGACGAGGGCGCGAGAGGGGCUUUCGAUUGGGAGUUCUUCUACAAAAGACUGCCAAUUCUACCCAAGGACCAGGACAACAUGCCGGAACCAUUCGAGAGCCCGGUGAUGGCGGGUGGGCUGUUCGCCAUAUCGCGCGUGUUCUUCUGGGAGUUGGGCGGCUACGACCCGGGGCUCGAUAUCUGGGGCGGGGAGCAGUAUGAGUUGAGUUUCAAGAUCUGGCAGUGCGGCGGGCGCAUGGUGGACGCGGCGUGCGCGCGCGUCGGACACAUCUACCGCAAGUUCGCGCCCUUCCCCAACCCCGGCCACGGCGACUUCGUGGGGCGGAACUACAGAAGGGUAGCAGAAGUGUGGAUGGACGAGUACGCACAGUUUCUAUACAGGCGGAGGCCGCACUACCUGCAAAUAGAUACAGGAGAUAUAUCUGAACAGAAAGCGUUGAGGAAGAAACUCAAAUGUAAACCAUUUAGGUGGUUUAUGACUCAGAUAGCAUUCGAUCUGACUGCGAAGUAUCCUCCGGUAGAACCAAACCCCUUUGCAGAGGGGCAGAUAAAGCCGGCGUCGCACCCGCAGUACUGCGUGGACGCGCACCACGCCGCACAGAUGCAGCGUCUGCUGCUGAACCCCUGCACCAGCUCGGCUGCCGGGGAACAGGACUUCGUGUUCUCCUGGCAUAAGGAUAUCAGAUCUAAAAACAGGAAUAUGUGUUGGGACGUGCCAGACUCAUCUCCUAAGUCCCCCAUCUUACUGUACAGCUGCCACCUCGGAGGUGGCAACCAGCUGUGGAGGUAUUAUCCGACCACAAAACGUUUAAAACACGGCACAAACGACAACUGCCUGGACUGGGAUCCCUCCACCCGCCAGCUCUACAUCAAGCCCUGCUCCGACUCGGACACUCAGAGCUGGACGGUCACCCAGGUGGACGCAGACAUGAUGGCCAGGUGGGACUCCCUGGCCAAGAGGGUCACUGGUCCCGUGGAAGAUAGCCAGGAG